AUGGCGCUGAAUGGUCUACUCAUUUUUACCGUACUGCUUCCAUUCGUACUACCGAGUUUCGAUGAAUAUCGCCUUUUACAAAUUAUGAUCAUUUCGAAAGACCCAGUAGAGAACAGUUCAAUGCCGUUGGAUGUGAAAGUGCGAUUUCUACUCAAUCAGAUUCUCGACGUGGACGAGAAGAACCAACACUGGAACGAUUACAAACUCAGAUGGGAUCCGAAAAUGUUCGGCGGCAUCAGAGACGUACGUUUUGCUGGCGAACAGGACGCUCCAUUCAAGUUGUGGCGGCCAGAUGUCCUGCUAUUCAACAGUGUAUCAGAGUCCUUCGAUUCCACGUAUUCUUCUCGAUUUAUCGUCAACUACGAUGGAGAAAUCCAGCAAAAUCCUCCCGGAAUAUUUCGAUUCAUCUGUAAGGUUGACGUCACAUAUUAUCCAUUCGAUACACAGUGGACGGUAUAUAAAUCUGGAUUUCAUGCUCACAACAAUGAUAUAGGAGUAAAGGGACAUCCUGUGAUGGCAUCUUCUCGACCUUACGGGGACAACCCGGACAGCUAUACAGUGAACGAAUCGAUUGACUUACAAGUAUAUUUACAAAACGGCGAAUGGGAUUUGAUGAAUACUCCUGGAACUCGCGUGGUUACGGUAUUCGGGGAAGAGUCCUACCACGAACUGUAUUACUACAUACAUAUCAGAAGGCGAACAUUGGCUUACGGAAUCAAUCUCAUCAUUCCUUCGCUGGUGAUUUCUAUGAUGACCGUGCUGGGGUUUACACUACCGCCGGAUGCUUGCGAGAAAAUUACUCUUGAGACAACCGUGCUGUUGUCGGUGAUUUUCUUCCUGCAGAUGGUGUCCAACAUGAGUCCACCGCAGUCAAAAUCCGUUCCAAUCCUUGCUGCAUUCUUCUCGUGUUGUUUGAUGGUAGUGGCGUGUUCCUGUGUUUUCACGGUGCUCACAAUCUGCCUUCAUCAGAGGAAAGCUGAAACACAUGAAAUGAGCCCAUUGGCAAGUCAAUUUAUUCGUGUCUUUGCUUUCUAA